AUGGCCGACUCCAAUGUGCAAGUUACGACUGCUCCGGCGGGAUCACAGCCGCGUCCCAACCCCGCCGAGCGGGGCAAGGCGGACAGCCCAGAUGGCAUUGAGCCUGUAGAGGAGGCUCUUCGUCAUUACCAUUCGACGGAGGACCCGGGAUCGGACUCGUCCAUGACAAAGGUCGUUCACAAUGCCAAAGCGGCAACCGAGAAGGAGCAGAAAAUGAGCUUGUUGGAGGGCAUUCGGCUCUACCCUAAGGCCGUUUGCUGGAGUGUCCUGAUUUCAACGUGUAUUGCCAUGGAAGGAUACGAUAUCAGUUUGGUCAACAAUUUCUAUGGGUUCGACCAAUUCAAUCGGAAGUAUGGCCAACUGCAGGCAGAUGGCUCAUAUCAAGUUUCCGCACAGUGGCAGUCGGGCCUCGGAAAUGGAGCGUACGCAGGCGAAUUUAUCGGAUUGCUCAUCAACGGUUGGGCUUCAGAACGUUUUGGAUACCGCUAUACGAUCAUGGCAUGUCUUGUCUUGGUGACGGCUUGGACCGCUAUCUUUUUUACCGCCCCGAACGUCAAGUCUCUUCUGGCAGCUGAAAUCUUGUGCGGGAUUCCGUGGGGCGUCUUCCAGACUUUGACCGUGACCUAUGCGUCUGAAGUCUGCCCGGUUGCGUUGCGUGGAUAUCUGACCACAUACGUGAAUUUCUGCUGGGGUCUAGGCCAGCUGAUCGGAGUUGGUGUGAUUAAAGGCAUGUUGAACCGGACCGACCAAUGGGCAUACCGCAUUCCGUAUGGAUUGCAAUGGAUGUGGCCUUUGCCUCUUUUCCUUGGUAUUUUUUUCGCGCCUGAAUCCCCCUGGUGGCUCAUUCGGAAAGGCCGAACCGAUGACGCAAAACGCGCCCUGGAACGUCUGACCAGCAAGAAUCGCGAGACUGACUUCAACGCGGACGAGACCAUCGCCAUGAUGGUCCAUACAAAUGCCCUGGAAGCUAAGAUCACCAAUGGCGCAAGCUACAUGGAUUGCUUCAAAGGCACGGAUCUCCGUCGAACCGAGAUUGUAUGCGCAGCCUGGGCUAUCCAGAAUCUCGCGGGUAACUCGUUUUCCAACUUCUCGACUUAUUUCCUGGAACAAGCUGGCGUUUCGCACUCGGAUUCUUACUCUUUUGCGAUGGGUCAGUAUGCCAUCAACAUGGUUGGCACUUUUGGAGCAUGGGGCUUGAUGGCUCUAGGUGUUGGACGUCGUUCCCUGAUCGUGUGGGGCUUGGUUGGUCUUUGUACCAUGCUCAUGAUUAUAGGAUUCCUUGGUCUCGUCCCCGCAGCGCACCACGAGCAAGCAUCUAUGGCCACCGGGUCCCUGAUGCUUGUCUGGGCCCUCAUCUACCAACUGACCGUUGGGACGGUUACCUAUUCCCUGGUGGCCGAGGUGUCGACUCGCCGCCUCCAAAUCAAGACGGUCGUUCUGGGCCGUGCGCUAUACAUUAUCGUUGCCAUUGUCUGUGGUGUCCUCACCCCUUACAUGGUGAACCCGACCGCCUGGAAUUGGCAGAACUAUGCCGGCUUCUUCUGGGGCGGCAGUUGCUUCUUGUGCAUCAUCUAUGCGUACUUCCGUAUUCCGGAACCGUCAGGUCGCUCAUUCGCAGAGUUGGAUAUGCUUUUCGAGCGUGGCGUCAGCGCCCGCAAGUUUGCCACGACCCCUGUCGACGUAUUUGACGAAACCGUAGAGGGCCGUGUGAUCCAGGACUACCGGGCAGAGAAAGUUGCCGUGGCCGAUAUCAGCGAGGCCGAGAAGGGUGCCAACCCCGGAUGA